AAUGUAAUGUGUUUUCAUCGAUUUGUCUUAUGUUGUUCCUUGUUGGAAAUGCUAAAGGAUGUAUCGACUAUGAUUUGGACUUGAUAUACAGUGAUAAAAUUCUAGUUAAAUGCCACUCAGACGAUUUCAAAACUGUCAGGAGAAAUUUCAUUCGCUACAAUGUGACAUACGUGUAUAAGGUGACCCACAAUGUGUUUGCGUUUAACAUAUGGAUGGCGGUGACACAAGAAUCUAGUGAAAUAGGACUCAAUGCUCAACGAGAACGUAAUGAAGCAGACCUCAAGGAUCCACGCGAAUUUAACAUAGCCGAGCUCAAGGCUUCACGAGAACUUAAUAAAACAGAGCUUGAGGCCUUAUACAUAUUUGGUGGAAAAGACGCUUUUGGAAAUAAUCGGGUAAAGUACAUUCAACAAGGGGAACAGUUGUUCCCGAAUCCGCACGUACCACCGCUUGAGAGGCAUACCCGGGAUACACGAACUAUUUUUGAAGAUAACCGGCAAAGGCAACACUCUGGCUUAGUCUGUUCGCCGUUCUACGAUCCCGUGCACCACAUCGAGGACGCCUGGAAGGCGGGUUACACUGGCAAGCACAUCGUCAUUGGAAUAGUGGACGUCGGCAUAGACGGGGACAACCAAGAGCUGAAAAAAAAUAUUGCUGUUGAAUACUCACACAACUUUGUGGAUAACAACAAUAACUAUUCACCGGAGUAUUAUGGAAAUUAUCCUGAAUUAAGCACACUCACAAACCAUGGUAAUGCUUGUGGGACCGUGGCCGCUGGCGUUUGCAGAAAUACAACGUGUGAUCCCUGCAGCUGUGGUGUUGCCAAGGAUGCAAAAAUAGCUGUACUGAAAACUGGCAAGGUGAUGCAAUUCAAAAAUUGGCCCUAUCCCGCGAUGGAAUCCUCCGCGUAUGCCGCCGCCCUUGCGUACAAACACAACCAUAUCGCCAUUUAUUCAUGUAGCUGGGAUUUCAACAAGCCUUUUACCAAACUUGACUUUGCAUCAGAAAAGGCUCUUUUCAAAGGAUAUAAGGAAGGCCGUAAAGGUCUGGGUUCAAUAUACGUGUUUCCAGCAGGGAGACCAGGUAAUGGAUUUUCAAACAGUCUUUAUACGAUUGCUGUGAACACUAUCGGUGUCAACGGGACUUUGCCCGGCCGCCGAGACAUCAACACGGCAACUCUCGUCUCUGCCUUUGGUGAUGGAAAUACUCGCUAUGACUCCGGGAUGUGGACAACUAUGCAUAGCCAGCCAAAUACUUCUCGAUGCUCCAACAAGUUCUCUGGUUCAUCAUCUGCAACGGCGUUGGUGUCAGGAAUAAUAGCGAUAGCUCUGCAGGCAAAUCCAAAACUUACUGUUAGAGACAUAAAACAUAUCCUGGUUGAAUCUUCUAAUUAUACUGGACUUGAGGAAACUCCAAAUUUUAAGCAAAAUGCAGCUGGAAAGUUUUAUCACAGUGCAUUUGGCUUUGGUUAUCCAAAUGUGAUGAAAAUGGUUCAUCUCGCGCAACAUUUUACAUCUCUACCAAGUUUGGUGCACUACUCCGUAUUUGUUGAGGAUGACAGAAUAUAUGGCGAUAAGCGGAUUGUGGACCUUUUUUCAAACAACGAUAUCGACAUCGAGCAGAUCACAGUUGAUGUUUGGAUGAAACUACCAAAAGAAGAGAACGUCUUAUUGCAUUUAAUUUCCCCGAGUCGCACGCAAGCACUGCUACUGGAUACAAUUUUCAACAUGCCUCCUGAAGACGUGGAUGUGGACAGGCGUUUGCAUGUCCACACAGUAUUCCUGGUGAACGCAUUUUGGGGUGAAGCAAGUUAUGGAAAUUGGUCAUUGGAACUCCGUUUACAAAAUAGACAAUCCUUUCCCGAACAUGACCUUGGAGCCAUUAAUAUCACAUUUUAUGGAACACAGAAGGAUAACCUGAAUAUAACCAACAACGGAAAAAGUACUAAAGAGUAUGACCUUCAGAAAAACGGCGUUGUUAAUAACGAUCGAAAAGUAAAGGGCACUCAGAAGCACAAAAAUAAAGUCAUGAAAAAUACAUGUAAUAUAAUACUAAUAACUAUUUUUAGCAUAGUAUUGUUUUUUAAAUAAUUUUAACUUUAGUUUGUUCCCUUUAUGAACAAUGAAGACAUAAGGCUGAAGUAAAACAGGUGUAAUGAAAGGAGAAAUUGAUUGCACAAAGACAGUUUCGCGGCACGUGCCUCAACAGCUGCAACAGUGGAAUCCAUCCGAAGUCGAUGUCUCCAUUAACUUUGAAGACCGUUUAUGAGAGUGUCGUACUGCCUAAAUCUCUGUUUGGUUGCGAGAUAUGGUACUUUUACCCAAAAGCAGAUGUACAAAAGCUUGAAACAGCUCAUAGGUAUUGCAUUAAACAAAUGCAGACAAUAAAGCUGAACAAAAGUUACAAUUUUGCAUUUAGUGCACUAAUGAUUUACCCUAUUGAGUAUUUUUAGACUAUAGAAACUUACAUUUUUGGGGCAAUUAUGUAGACUGCGGGCAACAUAUUUGGCUAUGGAAAUAUUUAACCAUAGACUUGUCAAGUAUCACUGCUGUGGUAGACGGUCGGCUUUGUUCCGGACGUAUUUUGUUUAUUGAUAAAAUAUUCAUCAUAUAAAUACAUAGUGUCUUACGUGGAAUACGCUACGUUCCCUUCUUCCUACGCUUGGAAAAGUACAUGUAUUCUCCAAUAUAAGGUGCUGAAAAUGGAAGGCAAACAGUUUUUGACUCUGUGCUCCAACUUAAUUCAUGGUGGCUCUUUCCAAACAUAACUACAACGGGAAAAUAUUCAAUUUUAUGGUUAGCGGCCAAAUCAUCUCCAAGACUGUUGUAGAUGUGCUCAUUUCUAAAGAACUUAAGUGCCUCAUUUAUGACUAGACAAUACUCUCGCAACUUUGAAAUGUGUCAUUUUAUGUGUGAAAGCCUGCCAAAACAUAUCAUGUGCUACUGUUAUAAGAUCGAUCAUGUGAGGCAAACACUGUGGGAACAUGUCUUUGACCUUAAAGGUGCGGUUUAUUUUAGAAAGUUCAUGACUCUAAGAGGGAGAGAACAGUGCCUGAAUAUUGAACGUUUCGGCAGAACUGUCAGAUUGGAAAUUGACUACUUGUGAUUUAGCAAAGGUGCUUAAAAACAUGUUUGAAUUUUCGAAUUAUAACCUAGACUUACACAUUAAGGCAGUGCAUAUAUUGCCUCUAAUGACAGCGCGUUUGCUAAGAAUGAAAUACUCUUCAUUAUAUUGCAUUUCGUGUCGUUGUGGUUGUUAUUGCUUCUUAUUGCUCAAUUAAUGUAAUAACUGCUAUAUUUUACUGACUACUUAUCUGUAUAUCUGUGCAGUUUAAUUAGUGUUUCCUCAACAUUAACGAGGGUGUCUAUAGCAUGGUGACAUUCGGCAUGUACUCCAAUAGUUAUUGUGUCAUAAGAUUGCAUGUUUUAAAAUCCACCGUAUUCAAUGGUUCUUAGUUUAAUGUAUUUGCAAAGAAUAAAGCAUUGAUCAUGCAUAGUUUUUACGGAUGCAGAAUUUAAACUGUUUCUCAUUAAAUUAAGAUCAACUUGGA